GUCAGCGAAUAAUCCUCGAUAAGAGACAAAGCGCAUGAGCUAAGAAAGUAUCUACAAACUGAAGGGACCGCGUCUAACUCGCUCAGUAUCAGGUUGGCUUUGGGCAAGCGCACGUUCGUGUGGUACCCAAGCAGGCUGCGCUCCAGUGACAGUUCAUUCCGGGCAAUCGUUUCGGUCGGGUAUCAAAGUUGGAAGUGCUAGGUACUUACUCGCAAUAUUUAUGUAUCCGAAAGGACAAGCACAUUCGUAUAGUCAUUCACUGGAUUAUAAAAUGAAAUAAAAUGCAAAUGAGACUGGAAAGUGAAUUGUGCGUGACAUAAUUCGAAAUUUAAAUUCGAGUUUCGGCAAAGUGAAAGUGGACCACCAAGUGAAAGUUUGCGGACUUGAAAAAUGGAUUCUCCUCAAAUGUACGACAACCAGCAGCACCAACAAAAUAGUGCGGUCAUAAAUCAGGAUGUCAAAAAGACUGUAAUUAUGAACAAUAAUAAUCUUACCACCCUUAACAAUAACAAUGGUAGUUCGAAGCAGACCCAAGCAUUGUUGAAACAGCACCAGUUACAACAGUACCAGCAGCACGGCGAACUCAGUGAUUUGAACACCCCGGAGAUUUCGCUGGACCUCCAAAACUUGAUAGACGAUUCUCAGUUCAGUGAUGGUUUGUUUACGGAAAUUUUGUCAAGUCAAGGCAAGCACAUACAGAACCUGCAGGCUAGGCAAGUCAUGGGGGUGCACAAUAACAAUAAUAAUAAUUAUCCCAGGACUACCUUGGCAUACAUGCCCCAACCAGUUCACAGUGGUGCUACUUACUCGACAAACCAAAACUCUAAUAGUGACUCAAAUAGCUCUAUCAAUAGUGAAUCGCCAAGCAUCAAGGAAGAGCCAGUGGAUCCUCAGGAAUACAGAAGACAGUCCUGUAAUCUCCUACCCAACAGCUACCUACCCGGUACUUAUCCCCAAACUCCCGGUGCUACAUUUACAACCCUCACUCCCAGUCCUGUCAUGCAUCAUCAGCUGAAUAUGAAUGUUAUGAAAAACAAGGCCGCUCUACUUAAUCAACAUAAUAUAGCUAGAAAAAAUAUGAAACCCUGUGAUAAAAACAGUGACGAAUACAGGAGGAGGAGAGAACGCAACAAUAUUGCUGUGAGAAAGAGCAGAGAAAAGGCCAAGGUGCGUACUAGAGAGACCGAGGAAAAAGUAAAAAUUCUUAUCAAGGAGAACGAGAGGCUUCAGAAGAGGAUAGAGUUACUGUCGGAGGAGCUGAAUGUGUUGAGGAGUUUGUUUUCCAAUGUUGGUGUUCUGCCAGAGCACGUUCACAGAGAAAUCAACAAACAUCUGGACUCUUUCCAGCUCCAACAGCAGCAGCAACAACAAAUGUCAGAAGAAAAUCGACAGAGGAUGAUGGAAAUCGUACACGAGUAUGGACCAUAGCAGCCGGCAGUUUGAGUCUUAGUUUAGUGGAAAUCGAAAGCUUUAAAUUUUUUGAACAAAUUUUUCGCUAAUCAUGUCAAUGAAACCUUAUAAAGGUCCAGUCGGAUUGUCCGGAUAGUUGAUGAAUCUUAAAGAUUCGUAUUAAUUGACCUACUAGAUCUCUUGAAAUUAUCGUGUUCUAAAGCCUAUUUAAUCUACGAUUUGCAGAGUUAGUGAAUAUUAUGCAAACAUUAUGACAACUGUAUAACUCAGAAAUGUAUAGUGAUCUGAUACAUCGAAUUCCGUCUAUGACAAUGUUCGCAAUAUAUUCACUAAAAUUUCGUUAACGGGUAUUAAAGUACAUUAGAAUUAUUCCGUUCGUAUUUGUGAUGAAUAAAAUUGUAUUUAAAAUACAAUAUAUUUUUUAAACCGAAACAG